AUGCCCGCUGCUGCCAUGACCAUGGCCUCCGCCGCCUCAUCCCCCGCCGUCCGCAAGUCGGGCUCCGCACCCGAAAAGAAGUACAAAUGCCAGUUCUGCAACCGCGCCUUCAGCCGGAGCGAGCACCGCAGUCGCCAUGAAAGAUCGCACACGAAGGAACGCCCUUUCAAAUGCCACAAAUGCCGAAGCACCUUCGUUCGUCGCGACCUCCUAUUGCGCCACGAUCGCACCGUCCACGCAAAAGAUGGUGGCGUUCCACUGACCAGCGAGGUCAAACGCCGCACCAACAACAAGACGCAAGAAGAGAAUGUCGCACCAGGCCCGUCCAAAGGAGUCAUGGCUCACGACUCGGCAACUACUCUGGAGCAGAUCGAGGCCAGCAGUGAAGAGAUGGUAGACAUAGAAGCGGCGGCCAUGCUAAUGACCGACUUCCGCCAUAAGGCCAUGGCUAGCCAGGAGCCUGAGAUGUCUACUGAAGCCCCAAACGCCGUCAUCUCGCCCACUGGACCUCCAAUGAUGGAGCCUGUUGUUACUUAUCCUGCCCCGGGCUCCAUGUCGUUGCCGCAAAUGCCUUGGGGAGACUCCAUGGUGCCCGAGUCUAGGACACACGGCGCUCAAGACACGCAUCCCGCUUUCAAUAGCGCCAGCGCUCUUAGCUCGCAUCCUCACCAACUGCCGCCGCUGAUGGAACGCCAGAUGUCAAACUCCAGUAUUCCGCCUACCUUCCAGCCUAUGAGCAGCUCUGCCGCUGCCGCCGGUCUAGGGACGCCAGGUGCUCUCUCGCCCUAUCCGGGUAUGCUCGGCCCGGUGUCACCUGUCGAUUACCGCAGGUCUCCAGGUCCUAGCCAGGCACUUAUGGUCGCGCGAGCGCCUCAAGUGGAAAACGACGAACAAUGCGCCAAGAUCAUUGAGAACAUUAGGCAAUACGACAGCGAGAACGCCCUGUUGGAGACUUUCCAUCUACCAAGUCUGAACACCGUUAACAGGUUGCUCAAAACGUACUUCGACCUCUUCCAUCAUCAUCUACCAUUUCUGCACCCAGCCACGUUCCGACCAACGGAAGUUUCAGCUCCGCUACUCCUUGCUGUGCUUUCAAUUGGUGCACUCUAUAUCUUCGACCAAGAUCAGGCGUACAUGCUUCACAUCGGCUCUAAAGUUCUCGUAAACCAGUUCUUACAGAACAAAGAGAACUUCAGCUCUCGCAAGUGCCCACUAUGGACAAUGCAAAGUACUUUACUCAACAUGAUAUUCGCAAGCUGGAGCGGUGACCCGAAGGGUCUUGAGUGGGCUUGCUCUAUCAAGAGCCUUUUGGCUAAUAUGGUAGCCGGAAAUCGCUAUGAACUCAAGCUUCGCUCAGAGGCUCGGGAGAAUGCGCAACCGAGUCACGAAGAGUGGACUGUAGACGAGCAGUGUCGCCGUACUUACUACGCGGUGUACAUCUUUUUCGGCCUGAUGACCUUGACCUACAACCACACACCUGCCAUGGGCUUCAACGAGUUUGACACACUUGAGCUCCCGUCAUCUGAAUCUCUUUGGACAAUGGAGGUAUCUGAUGAGGAGUCGUGGCGCGAGAGCGUUUCCGCCUCCAAGAUCAUUACCUUCCGCCAGGCCCAUGACAAUCUCUUCCAAGGGGAACCAGCUCAGUACAGCGCUUUUGCUACCCGUGUCAUGAUCAACGCGUUGUUCUUGGAAGUAUGGUACCACAAGCGUAGCCCUGAGGCUUUGCAGGACGUCGUGACUGAGUACAAGCUGAGGCUUGCAUUGGAGACCUGGGAGAAGUCUCUCGAACUUUGCGAACCUGAGACUGUCGUGGUCCAGCUGAGUGCGCCCCACAAAGGUCAUCCACUGAUCUUCAACGCCAUGGCCAUGUAUAGGAACACCCGAACAAGGCUUGUGGUAGACCUGAAGUCUGUUCAGGAAGCUUUACGCUACCAUGACUCCUACGAGGUUGCUGCAGCUAUGACGAAUGCACGGGAUAAGGUGCAGCGAUCUGAGGAGAUGAUCAAGGUCAUUCAAGAGUGCUUUGACUGCAUCGAAGUUGCAGCUGUUCAAGGGAUCCGGUGGGUGGCACGUACUUCAGCCACCAACUGGAGCAUCGAACACCCUCUGACUGGUAUGGAUCUUAUGGUCAUCCUUACGCUUUGGUUGUACCGCCUGGAACACGAUGAGGAGCCCGCCACCGAGGAAGAAUUAGCCAUGUACAACAAGCUUCGGAAUCUGUUCGAUGACGACUCUGUCGAUGUGUAUGGGGCCAAGCUUAGCUCUACUGUGGCUCGCCUUUGGGGCAGCAUGAUUGAUGAGGUGGUCGUUUGGGGUAUCACCAAGCUGAUGGGUGAAGCCUUCAAACUCCACUCUCAGGCUCUUGUGGGCUACGAAGACGCCAUGUCUGAACGCUCAGGCUCCGCGACGCCCUCAAUGGCUGCGGGCGGUGUUCAAGUUCUCGAAAUGCAAAUGGCUUACUAG